GAAGCUGGUGUUUCUGCUGCCGUGCAGUGCGGACAGAGAGGGGCGGUGCUGGCCCUCCUCCCACGCUACGCGGCUUGAAUAGGCUCCGUCACUCCUCGCGGUGAUGGAGAUGUCAGGCGAGCAGCAGCAUGCUCCGUUAGUCACUGACAGCGAGGAUAUCCAACAAUGGGAAAAAAAAAAGUAUUUGCAGCUCCACCGAAAUGCGUGAAGCGGUGCGUUGAUAGUGUGGUUGUCCCGCAAUGAGCCGCCGACCUCCGGAUCGGAGUGGAGCUGGACGGGACAUGAGGGCAGCCUGGAUCCUGACUGUGACCUCCCUCCUCACCGCUCAGACUGCCGGAGGAGCACCGCUGGUCCCGGACCCUGAGGUUUUUCUGGAAAAGUACGGCUACCUCCAUCAGGACAACCACAUCCACAAUGCAGUAGAGAUGCAGUCAGCUAUCUGUGAGUUCCAGUGGCUUUCCCGGCUUCCUGUCACAGGCGAGCUUGACAGCGUCACCCUGAGGCAGAUGGCGGAGCCCCGCUGUGGGGUGUCGGAUGAGGGCAGCCAGCAGAUCUGGACUCAGAGAGUAAACGUCAUCUUCACCGGAAAGGGCGCCGCUCUCAGGCGACCACGGCGCCGCAGGAAGCGCUCUGCUACACAAGCUGAGAAGUGGUACAAACGUCACCUGACCUACCAGAUAGUGAAUUGGCCUCGCCACCUGUCUCUGGGCUCCGUGCAGCUGGCGGUGCGUGCUGCCUUCCAGCUGUGGAGCAACGUAUCGGGCCUGGUGUUCCAGGAGGCUGCCGAAGGCCCCGCAGACAUCCGACUGGCAUUUUACGAGGGAGACCACAACGACGGGGCCAGCAAUGCCUUCGACGGACCAGGAGGAACUCUGGCGCACGCCUUCCUGCCUCGCAGGGGGGAAGCCCACUUUGACAUGGCUGAGAGGUGGACGCUAAACGGACACAAGGGACACAACCUGUUCAUGGUGACCGCCCACGAGAUCGGGCACACUCUGGGACUGGAGCACUCCCCCGUCCGUCACGCCUUAAUGUCGCCGUACUACAGGAAGCUCGGCCGCAGCCUGGUGCUGAGCUGGGACGACAUCAUCGCAGUGCAGCAGCUGUACGGUAAGCCGUCAGGUGAUCGCCCUGUGAGGCUGCCAGGCCAAGUUUUGCACGCCGCUCUGCAGGAGUGGGAGUUCACAGAGCUUCACAACGGGCAUGAGACCACAGGGCAACCUCUCUACUGCCAGGGUGUCUUUGAUGCCAUCACCAUGGACCAGAAUGAGACAGUGCUGGUGUUUCGGGGCAGUGUGUACUGGACAGUAUCGGCUGAAGGCGGUGUGAGCGGCCCGCUGCCUCUCCGUCACCGCUGGUCUGACCUUCCUCCGGCCAUCGAGGCUGCUGCCUUCUCCCUGCUGGACUCCAAGUGGUAUUUUUUUAAAGGGAAGCGAAUGUGGCGCUACUCAGGCAGUGUGCUGGACCAGGGCUUCCCCAGGAAGAGCAGUGAGUUGGGGCUGCCUCGACACCCUGACUGUGUCUUCUACUACGCUCCUCUGGGUCACAUGGUCCUCUUCAAGGGCUCCCGUUACUCUGUGCUGAACCUCAAAACGCUGCACCAAGAGCCCUACUACCCUCGCAGGCUGACAGACUGGACGGGUGUGCCACAGGGGACCAAUGGGGCGCUGACCCGUCCCGACGGACGCCUCUACCUGUUCAGAGAACAGCGAUUCUGGAGAUUUGACCCGGUCAAGGUUCGAGUCACCAGAGAGGGCCAGUGGGCCAAGGAUCUGAGCUGGACUGGUUGUAGAGACGCUCCUCAGAGCAACAACAUUCUUUGACCGGCAGUACUGUAAACUUCAGAUAACGUGCAAUUUGUUGAUGUACAUACUAUAAUGUAAAGGUUUUAUAGCGUUUUCACCCUAAACCCACAUUGAGUUUAUAUGUUGCAAAGUGAGCAUAACUCAGCAAACUCCAUUAAGGGUUUCAACUAAAAUAUACCCACUUGUUUUUUCCAUUUUAAAGCACAAAUAGUAUUUAUUCUGCAGAGCAAUGGAUAUUACUGUACAUGGAAAUACAAUUCUAGCCUCAUUAAUACAGGUAAGAUAGUGAAAGGACUGUGCACUCUUAAGUAGGCAGACCAAACUGGUUUGGUUGGAACAAUGCUUUUAAAACCAUCUUUUUUUUCCUCUUAUCAUAUUUGCACGCUGACAGAGAAACUAAAAGAUAUGUGUCAUCUCUUCUGCAAUAUCAGGAUAUUCUAUCUAUUAUAGACAUAACGGUUGAUUACUUCGACAUGUGGUUGUGACAGAAACCUAAACUGGCAUUAAGUACGCUGACAGUGACACUUUUCCUUCAUGUUGUGCUUUUCACAUGGCUACAUUUUUUAGCACAAUAGCUGCACUAAUAAGUCGCUGGAUCUAAAUGUAGUAAUUUAAACAUUCAAGAAUAUUAUUACCUGCACCGUUUUAAAAUAUUACUCACUUUGUACCACUCUCUUGGCAGCUCUGUUUCAACAAUUGUACCCUACUGUAUAUUGUAGAAGCUUAUGUGACAAGUUAAAACAUUUGAAGUCAUUUCUGAGUGGAAAGUGUCGCCUGCAGCUGAACUUCGGUUUCUUUACUCCAGAGGACUUCUCUUUAUCCAGACUACACAGCUGUGUCCUCCUGCAUAGCUUCAGAUCCACUUUAACAGGUGCAUCAUCUUGUCCAACCUCUGUUGCAGUCAUUUGAUAUGUUUUUAAUUGCACAGUGAUUAUUAUACAUGGAGGAAGAGCGAGCAAUUAUUUGAACUGCUGCACUGUGAUGAGUAACAGGAGCUGUGUAUGUGAUAAACAGUCGGUUUAUAAAACUCAUAAAAACUUGAGCAACAACGUUCUUUGACCAGCAGAGGGCGCUGUAAGCUUUAGAUCAUGUGUAAUGUGUUGACGUGCUGAUGGUGCUAUAACUUUU